UAGCCCAGAGUCAUCAAUCAGGCUCCCCAGGUAGAAUUUUGCACGGCAGAAACUUCAGUCCCCUAGUUACUAUCUAUGAAAAACUAUUGAUGGAAUGCAGUUUUGGUUUGCAAGCUGCCCCACUGCUCCCCGCUCCCCUUCCGUUGGCAACUCUUAAAAAGACCACAGAGAAAUAUUUUAUGGGUUGACGCCUCCUUUCUUUCUCCCAGUCCUUAGCUGCCGUAGCAACGGUGGUGGGCCGCACGCUCUACACAAUGGCCGGAGGAGCGGGCAAUGCCUCCUCCAUUCAGGCGGAUCCACUCACGGUCACACGCAUGCUGUAUGGUUUCCUGAUCCAGUCCAACAACUCCUGGUUCCAGGCCAUCACUAGGCCAGAUUUUAAAGGGCCUCUGGGCGAUGAGCCCCUCCAGUAUUACAUCGCGGUCUCCAGUCCCGUCAACUCCACCAGCCUCGUCCAGUAUGUCUUGGCCAACCUCACCGGGACCCGCCUGGGGGACAACAUCACCAAGGAGCAUUGCAAAGAUUCCAAGGACGAUUUCUACAAUUACAUGUGGGUGCGGGGCUCCCCGUAUCCCAACGCCAGCUCCCCCCGCAAGCCCUUCUGCGUCAGGUCGACGGUCCGCCGCACGCCGGCCUCCUCUCCGGCCUUCGAGCUCCAACAGUGGGGAUCCACCGAGUUUUCCACCUGGACGGAGAGUCGCUGGAAGGAGCUUCAUGGACGCAUCUUCUUGGUCGCCAGCAAACAGCUGGAGAUCAUCACCCUGGUGCUGGGCCUCGUCAUCCUCAUCGUCUCGUUCGUGGCCACCUACUUCAUCAACGCCAAAGCCCACGUGCUUUUUUCCACGCCGGGGGACUCCGAAACAGUGGCCUACUGACCGACCUGCGCCCGGGGACUCUGCAGCGCUACGAACCAAGGAAUUGGGCAUGAAUUGGGCCCUUUCUUUGACCACCGUGGAGUGUGUGUGG